CUUACUCAAAAUGUGCAAAGAAGAAUAAUGGAAGCCCCUGAAUACCUUGAUUUGGAUGAAAUUGACUUCAGUGAUGAUGUAUCUUAUUCAGUCACAUCCCUCAAGACCAUCCCAGAACUGUGCCGAAGAUGUGAUUCGCAAAAUGAGGACAGAUCAGUUUCUAGCUCUAGCUGGAAUUGUGGUGUCUCAACUCUUAUUACAAAUACACAAAAGCCCACAGGAAUUGCCGAUGUAUACAGCAAGUUCCGCCCUGUGAAGCGGGUUUCCCCACUGAAACAUCAGCCAGAGACUCUGGAGAACAAUGAAAAUGAUGACCAAAAGAGCCAGAAGGUGGAGUACCAGAAAGGGGAUGAACCUGAGCCAGGCCCCCAGCCUGAGGAGCACAGUGCUGGAGAUGGAGAGGGCAGCCUGCCAGGUAAAGGCACCGAGCCUGGAGCGUUGUUGGGCGAACUGGAACAUUACGACCUCGACAUGGAUGAGAUUCUGGAUGUGCCUUACAUUAAAUCCAGUCAACAGCUUGCCUCUUUUACCAAGGUUACUUCAGAAAAAAGGAUUUUGGGUUUAUGUACAACUAUCAAUGGCCUUUCUGGAAAAGCCUGUUCUACAGGAAGUGCUGAGAACUCACCGUGCAACCUGACACCAUUUUGUGUUCUUUCUCCUGUGAAAAGCCCUCACUUGAGAAAAGCAUCAUCUGUUGUCCGGGACAAGCACAAGCUUUCCACUGAAGAGCUGGAGAGCUCACCGCCUCUAGUUAAAUGUGGCUCCACAUAUGAACCUGAAAACCAGAGUAAGGACUUCCUACACAAGACCUUUAGUGACCCUCAUAGCCGAAAAGUUGAGAAGGCAAUGCCAGACUGCCAGCACAGGGCUUUCCAUCUGCAGGCCUCAGCUGCAGAACCCAAACCAGAAGAACAGAUCAGUGGCUUGAACUGGACUUGCUCCCAAGGCCCAGAAGAAAGAAGUGAGUAUCUGAAAAAAGUAAAAAGCAUCUUGAACAUCGUUAAAGAAGGACAAAUAUCUCUCCUGCCGCAUUUAGCUGCAGACAAUCUGGACAAAAUUCACGAUGAAAGUGGAAACAAUCUGUUGCACAUUGCCGCAUCCCAGGGACAUGCAGAAUGUCUGCAGCACCUCACUUCUUUGAUGGGAGAAGAUUGCCUCAAUGAGCGAAAUACUGAGAAGUUGACUCCAGCUGGCCUGGCCAUCAAGAAUGGUCAGUUGGAGUGUGUUCGCUGGAUGGUGAGUGAAACAGAAGCCAUUGCAGAACUGAGUUGUUCAAAGGAUUUUCCAAGCCUUAUUCAUUACGCAGGUUGCUAUGGCCAGGAAAAGAUUCUUCUGUGGCUUCUUCAGUUUAUGCAAGAACAGGGCAUCUCUUUGGAUGAAGUGGACCAGGAUGGCAACAGCGCCGUUCACAUAGCCUCACAGCAUGGCUACCUCGGGUGCAUACAGACCUUGGUUGAAUAUGGAGCAAAUGUCACCAUGCAGAACCACGCAGGGGAAAAGCCCUCCCAGAGCGCUGAGCGGCACGGUCACACCCUGUGCUCCCGGUACCUGGUAGUAGUGGAGACCUGCAUGUCGCUGGCCUCUCAGGUGGUUAAGUUAACCAAGCAGCUGAAGGAACAGACAGUGGAGCGUGUCACACUACAGAACCAACUCCAACAACUUCUCGAAGCCCAGAGAUCAGAGGGCAAAUCACUCCCUUCCUCCCCCAGUUCACCGUCCUCACCAACCUCCAGAAAAUCCCAGUGGAAGCCUCCAGAUGCAGAGGAUGAAUCUAUAGCCAAAAGCAAACCAGGAGUCCAAGAGGGCAUUCGGGUUCUUGGAAGCCUGUCUGCAUCCAGCCGAGCUAGGGCCAAAGCAAAAGAUGAAGAUUCUGAUAAAAUCCUACGCCAGUUAUUGGGAAAAGAAAUCUCAGAGAAUGUCUGCACUCAAGAAAAGUUGUCCUUGGAAUUCCAGGAUGCUCAGGCAUCCUCUAGAAAUUCAAAAAAGAUUCCUCCAGAGAAGAGGGAACUGAAGUUAGCUAGGCUGCGGCAGCUAAUGCAGAGGUCACUGAGUGAGUCUGAUACAGACUCUAACCAUUCCGAGGAGCCCAAGACCACGCCUGUGAAAAAGGCUGAGAGGCCCCGGCCACAGCCUAUUGUGGAAAGUGUGGAGAGUAUGGACAGUGCAGAAAGCUUACACUUGAUGAUAAAGAAGCACACCUUGGCAUCAGGACGCAGGUUUCCUUUUAGUAUCAAAGCCUCCAAAUCCCUGGAUGGCCAUAGCCCUUCUCCCACCUCAGAGAGCAGUGAACCAGACUUGGAAUCCCAGUAUCCAGGCUCCGGGAAUACUCCCCCAAACCAGCCCCCUGGAGACUCCACUCAGCCCAGCCCUGACAGCACUGCUGCCCAAAAAGUUGCCACAAGUCCCAAGAGUGCCCUCAAAUCUCCAUCUUCCAAGCGCCGAACAUCUCAGAACUUGAAACUCAGAGUUACCUUUGAAGAGCCUGUGGUGCAGAUGGAGCAAACUAACCUCGAACUUAAUGGAGAAAAGGACAGAGAUAGGGGCAGGACCCCCCAGCGGACCUCUACGAGUAGCGAAUCAGGGGAUCAGCUGAAAAGGCCUUUUGGAACCUUCCGAUCCAUCAUGGAGACACUCAGUGGCAACCAGAACAAUAACAAUAACUAUCAGGCAGCCAACCAGCUAAAGAUCUCUACCCCUCCCUUGACCUCACUUGGAAAGAAGACAACAGACACCAAGGGAAAUCCCAUGAGCUUGGCUAGCAAAGGAAAGAAUAAGACAGUGAGUACUGCUUGGAGACUCUCCUUUUUUUCCCCCUUGAAUUGAUUAUGCUGUAAUUUCUAGCACUAGACAUUGUUGACCGGUGCCAUCUUAAGGGAAUCCCCAGAAAACUCCAUAGGGAUGCACAAAAAGCCAAAUUCCCAUGUUUCUAAUAAGACAUAUCAAGUUAGAAUAUAUACCCUUUGUUCUUCCUUUGGAAAAUAAGAGAGAAAGGUAAAUAAAUCACAGAUGAUA